AUGGAAAAACAUUCACCGCAUGCUAUUCACCUACCCUCCCCCACGUUCACCUACCCAAACCCCACGUUCACCUACCCACCCCCACGUUCACCUACCCACCCCCCGUUCACCUACCCACCCCCGCGUUCACCUACCCACCCCUCGCGAAUCACCUACCCGCAUUCACCCCCAGUCUACACCUACACACCCCCACCCCCAGUCUACACCUACCCACACCCCACCUACCCACACCCCACCCCCAGUCUACACCUACCCACACCCCACCCCCAGUCUACACCUACCCACACCCCACCCCCAGUCUACACCUACACACCCCCACCCCAGUCUACACCUACACACACCCCACCCCCAGUCUACACCUACCCACCCCCAGCCUACACCUACCCACCCCCACCCCAGUCUUAUCUACACAUACCCCACCCCAGUCUACACCUACACCUACACACCCCCACCCCAGUCUUCACCUACCCACACCCCACCACCAGUCUUCACCUACACACACCCCAACCCCAGUCUACACCUACACACCCCCACCCCAGUCUUCACCUACACCUCCCCCAGUCUUCACCUACACCCCCCCCACCCCCAGUCUACACGACCCCCACCCCCAGUCUACACCUACACCCCCACGCCCAGUCUUCACCUACACCCCCCUUCCCCAGUCUUCACCUACACCCCCCACCCCCAGUCUACACCUACACACCCCCACCCCCAGUCUUCACCUACACACCCCCCACCCCCAGUCUUCACCUACCCACCCCCACCCCCAGUCUUCACCUACCCACACCCCACCCCCAGUCUUCACCUACCCACACCCCACCCCCAGUCUUCACCUACCCACACCCCACCCCCAGUCUUCACCUACCCACACCCCACCCCCAGUCUUCACCUACCCACACCCCACCCCCAGUCUUCACCUACACACACCCCACCCCCAGUCUUCACCUACACACACCCCACCCCCAGUCUUCACCUACACACACCCCACCCGCAGUCUUCACCUACACACACCCCACCCCAGUCUUCACCUACACCACACACCCCACCCCAGUCUACACCUACCCACACCCCACCCCCAGUCUUCACCUACCCACACCCCACCCCCAGUCUUCACCUACACACACCCCACCCCCAGUCUUCACCUACACACUCCCCACCCCCAGUCUUCACCUACACACACCCCACCCCCAGUCUACACCUACACACACCCCACCCCCAGUCUUCACCUACACACUCCCCACCCCCAGUCUUCACCUACCCACACCCCACCCCAGUCUUCACCUACCCACACCCACCCCCAAACAAUACAACAAUGUCUUCAGGAAGCACUGUAACUAG